UUCUUCUUCUUCUUCUUCCUAUCUCUCCCCCAACUAACCAACCAGAUCUCUCCAUCCCCUCCUUCCAUUCCCGCCAUAUUUUAAUUAUUAAUAUUAAUUACCAAAAUAAUAAUCAUAAUUAGUUCACCCAAACCCUAAUCCAUCUCAAAUUCCCUGCUUCAAUUGAAUUGAAUUCAAUUCUUGUUCAUCUUCUGAAUAAUAAUAAUAAGAUCAUCAUGCAAGAAAACAGUAGUAAUCCUUCUUCAUAUAUAAAACGUCAGCUUCCAUUCACUACAAUGAAGCCUCAGCCGCCGUUUUCCGAUUAUCAUCACUUUCAUUCUUCCUCUUCUUCUCCUCCUUCCGAAGGCAUCCUUGUCAAAUCUCCCCCUCUUCCUCCAUUAAAGAGGAAGGGGGACACUGCAGCAUUUGAAGCUGAAUCUAAGGAACAGAGUCCUAUUCCUGGAAACACUUUAGCUGUUAGUAAUCCUUUACAGACCCCAGUAUCUGGAAAAGUUCCAAAAGCAAUAAAAGUUCCAAGAGUUGGAAAGUCCAAUAGGGCUGGAUCACAAACUCCUGCAUCCAAUGCUGAUUCUCCGGCAGGACAUAAUCUGACUUCAGUUGGUCCCUGUCGUUAUGAUAGCUCACUAGGUCUUUUAACAAAGAAGUUCAUCAACCUUAUCAAACAUGCAGAAGAUGGUAUGCUUGAUCUAAAUAAAGCAGCAGAAACAUUAGAGGUACAAAAAAGGCGGAUCUAUGAUAUAACAAAUGUGCUAGAAGGAAUUGGUCUCAUAGAGAAAAAGCUUAAGAAUAGAAUUCAAUGGAAGGGACUUGAUGCAUCAAACGGGGAGGUUGAUGGAAAUGUUACUAGUUUACAGGCUGAAGUCGAAAAUCUCUUGGCCGAGGAGCUUAGAUUAGAUGAACAAACAAGAGAAAUGCAGGAGAGGCUAAGGGACCUUAGUGAAGACGAAAAUAAUCAGAAGUUCCUUUUUGUGACUGAAGAAGAUAUCAAGAACUUACCCUGCUUCCGGGAUGAAACCUUGAUUGCAAUUAAAGCCCCGCAUGGCACUACGCUAGAAGUUCCUGAUCCAGAUGAGGCUGUUGAUUAUCCUCAAAGGAGGUACAGAAUAGUUCUAAGGAGUACAAUGGGCCCUAUAGAUGUUUACCUUGUCAGUCAAUUUGAAGAGAAACUUGAGGAGAUCAAUCGUACUGAGGCAAACUUGAGCAUUCCUACAAUAUCAACGAUGUCUGAGACUCCCACUAUAGAAAUAGUAACAGAGACAAGAAAACGACACGAGAUUGGGAUGCAACUAACAGACACUAAAACAUGUUCAGAUGUAAAUGCAUCAGAGGACUUUGUUAGUGGGAUCAUGAAGAUCGUUCCAGAUGUUGAUAGUGAUGCAGACUACCUGUUUUUGUCAGAUCCCGAUGUUAGCAUCACGGAUUUAUGGAGAACAGAAACCAUUGUGGAAUGGAACAAUAUGGGCAUGCUUCAUGAUGACUAUGUCAUGGCUGGAGUCACCACACCAAAUCCCCAAACACCAUGUUCAGAUGCUCUACAAGGGAAUCCCGAGGUAAAGCCUACGGGGACAAACUGUCUGGGAUGAUCACAAAACGCGAGAUGUAAAAAUUUUUGCUGCACCCUUCAAAACACCUUCAACAUAAUAUAAGGGCGUACUAGUGGGAGAGCGGAGAAGUGUAAGUGUACUCAGUCGUAAAUUACAUGUAUGUGCACGAUAGCACCUAGCCGAAUGCUUAUCAAUAAGUAAGGUCACAUCUUUAGGUUGUAUUUUUGUAAAUACUUGAGUUUGUAGCCUUCUUUGUGCAGGUUCUGUAACAUAGUAAUCUAAGUAUCAUCAUAGUUAUUGUCCAGAUAAUGAUUUCUGAGAAAUUUUUUGUACAAUA